CCUGUGAAGUGAAAUGAAAGAGGCCAAGGAAGUGUGGGAUCCUGUAAUCCCCAGUAAUUUUCAGGGGGGACCUGACUGUCCGGCCGUCCCUUAAUCCAUCUUAAUUUAUCACAGGUCACCGCAUCUGUGCUUUUUCGGGACUAUGUAUUGCAUUAGAAGGAAGCGACUGCAGUUGAGGCGAGUCUUAUUUCUGCUGGCCGGAGUCUUCAUCUGCAUCGCGUACCAGCUGACCCUCAGCGCCGGACGCUACGAGACGUCGCCUUCGCCCCAGAUCGGAGACGCUUUCACGGAGGGCUCGGCCGGAUGGGUGGAGGAUGUUACGGCAGAGAGUCGAGAGAAGCCGAGAAACCAGGCGACCCCAGUGACCCCCUCCAAUUCGACUGCAGACGAUAACUCUGCCAGUAAAACUCCACCGCCAGCCACCACCAACCGGACUGUCGUGCAUUGUAUUUAUGUGCACCCUGAUCCUAAGCAUGAGGCCCCCACUUCAUCCCCUCCCAGCGAUGCUCCUCACGCCAAGGGCGAGUACCCCGAAGAUAUAUUUUCAGUGGAGGAGCGCAGACGAGGCUGGGUGGUCUUGCACAUCUUUGGCAUGAUGUACAUGUUCGUGUCGCUUGCGAUUGUGUGUGAUGAAUUCUUUGUGCCCGCCCUGGGGGUCAUCAUAGACAAGUUAGAGAUAUCCGACGACGUGGCGGGAGCUACUUUCAUGGCGGCGGGGGGAUCUGCCCCUGAACUUUUCACCUCCUUAAUCGGGGUCUUCAUAGCCCACAGCAACGUGGGUAUCGGGACUAUUGUGGGCUCUGCCGUUUUCAACAUUCUCUUUGUGAUCGGGAUGUGCGCUUUGUUUUCCCGGGAGGUUCUUCACCUCACCUGGUGGCCUCUCUUCAGAGAUGUUUCCUUCUAUAUAGUGGACCUCAUUCUGCUCAUCCUCUUCUUCCUGGACAAUGUCAUCAUGUGGUGGGAGAGUAUGACCCUGGUGGCCAGCUACACUGUGUACGUCGUCUUCAUGAAGUUUAACGCCCAAAUAGAACACGUGUUCAAGACGCAGCUUUACAAACACAAGAGCAUUGUCCAAAUUAUUACUGAUGAGGAGCCUGAAGUGGUCAAUGGGGACGGUCAAGAUAACGCCCCUCCUACUCCAGACGACAGGAAUCUGUUAAAGUUGAAGCCGUCCCUUCAACGCGGUGGGAGCUCAGCAUCUUUGCACAACAGCACCAUGCGGAACACCAUUUUCCAACUCAUGAUCCACACAUUGGACCCCCUGGGAGAAGGGAAAUUCAAGGACAAGGCUGAGAGUCUGAAUAAUGUAGUAAGACGAAAGGCUGAAGGUGAAAUUGCAGCAAAGCGUGAAGACGCAGAAGGUGGGCAGGACCAGACUGAAGAGGACGAAGCUGGCCCAAGUGAGAAGAAAGAGGAGGCACCAGAGGAUGAGAAGGUACACUCCACCGAGCACGUCAAAAAGACCCGAAGUCAGUCUUUGAUACCUUUCUACGAAGACCGGCCUGCGGGGGGAGACGGCUCAGACAAGUCAGGCAGCGAUGACGACGACACUGACGAAGAUGACAGCGAUGAAGAUGACAGCGAUGAAGACGACAGUGAUGAAGACUCCGGCGAGGAAGAGGAGGAGAAUGAGGAGGAGCCGCUUUCUCUCGAGUGGCCUGACACCCAACGCAAACAAGUCACUUACCUCUUCCUGCUGCCCAUUGUCUUCCCUCUGUGGCUCACCGUCCCUGACGUCCGCAAACAGAAUUCCAGGAAAUUUUUCGUGGUCACCUUCCUGGGCUCCAUUCUGUGGAUCGCUAUCUUCUCUUACCUCAUGGUGUGGUGGGCCCAUCAGGUUGGCGAGACCAUCGGUAUCUCUGAGGAGAUUAUGGGCCUGACUAUUCUAGCUGCGGGGACAUCCAUCCCGGAUCUCAUCACCAGCGUGAUCGUCGCACGUAAAGGACUUGGCGACAUGGCCGUGUCCAGCUCCGUAGGCAGCAAUAUCUUUGAUAUCACUGUCGGCUUGCCGCUGCCAUGGCUCAUGUACUCGUUCAUCCACGGCAUGGUUCCUGUGGCCGUCAGCAGCAAUGGGCUGUUCUGCGCCAUCGUUCUGCUCUUCCUCAUGCUCCUCUUUGUCAUUAUCUCCAUCGCGUCGUACAAGUGGAAGAUGAACAAGGCCCUGGGCUUCACCAUGUUCCUUCUCUACUUCAUCUUCCUGGUUCUCAGCGUCAUGCUGGAGGACCGCAUCAUCGUCUGCCCAGUCUCCAUCUGA